AUGGCCGGGAACCUGGAGUGGCAUCUGAAAUUCAAAGAAGGGCAAGAACUUGAUUAUGCCACUGAGAACAAGCCAUAUGCGGACUCUCUGAAUUACAGCGAUGUUGGAGGAGAGCUGGCUCAAGGGUUUAUGCCAGACUCUGAAGACCCCAGUGAUGUUCAAACUGACAAGGUCGUUCGCUUCUGUCCUCGGGCCACUCUAAAAGCUCUGAAGAGAACGAAACUCAAGCCUGUUGCUUGGCUAGAAGAAGGGUGUUUCAUCGAGGACGGCCGUUGGCUGGCAAGGCAGAGAAGUGAAGCCUUGACAGCCUACGACCUGUUCUGCAAACUGGGCCAACCGAGAUACAAGAUACGCCUGUCGUCCGGCUCGGCCGGUACUAGCGGGCUCUAUUUGCCUUCAUCGGCCCCCAGCAAUCCGUAUGAGAUGUCUGAGGACAAUCCAGACGCUGAGCGACGAUUAAUAUUUGUGACGGACCUGGAUGAGUGGAGUAUCUAUGCACUUAUAUCCAGAGUCUCGGAAAAUCAAGCUUUCGGUCUACGUGCUGCAAUCUUCAGGUAUCUGGCAUAUGAGACAUUUAUUGGCGCCACGAUUACGGAAAAGGGCAUGUGGACAUUUCGACUGGAAUUUCACCUGCCGUACUACGCCUGGCGAAUAUCCGAGACCCCAAUACAAGACCCUCGCCAAUAUGCAGAUAAAGACCCUCUCAGAGAUACACGAGACGUUUCAUUUCUGCGUUGGGACACUUUGAAUCCUGGGCCUGCUCAUUUAAAUGAGGCUCAGAUCUCCUGUGUCGUGGCUGGGAUUGACGACCGCCGAUGGGAAGCCUACUGCUUCGUAGAGACUUACUUCGAUUCAGGUGAAGCGGUGGAAGAAUCGGUAAUCAAAUAUCAAGAGGAUUCCAUUGAGUCCGCGCCCUUUUAUGGGGAUCCCUUGACCAAGGGAAAAGAGGAUGCGGCAAUGCCUAUUGCAGACCCCAGGGAAUAUUUCCUGCGAGUCUUCUGCAUCCGACUACAGCAGGUUAGAGGCGAGUGGCAGAGAGUAGUGGAGAAUGUUUAUCAAAGUGAGCGAAGGUACUUGAAGCGCCACGCUGCACUCUUGUCUCCGCGAUCAUCGUCCGAAGGUACUGAAUUGCACAAUCAGCAUAUACAAGAGGCCUUGAGUUAUUCCAGGAACGCCAGGCAGCUCUCAAAGCACCUACUUCACACCCUGUCGAAGACAGUCGUUGCGUGCGAAAGGUUUUUGGAUGACGAUGCGAUCACUUUCCAAGACCUUCCGGAAUCAGAAAAUGGUGGCCGAUCCAUUCCCAAUAUCAAACAGACGCUUCGGGUUUUGCAGGCUCUGAAACAGACUCUUGAAGGCGUGGCUCGGGAAUGUGAAGAAGUCACACGAGAUGUUAGUGCCACUCCAAAGGAUCUAUGGAUCAAGCUUAUCUGGCCCAUCUGCUGA